AUGAUGAUGUCUCUGAGCAGCAAGCAGCCUUUCGGCCUCCCCCACGGCGGCGGCAGCGGCGGCGGCCUCCACGAAACCAAGUACUCGGCCCUGCACACCGCCUCGCCCUGUCCCUCCGCCGGCGCCGCCGCCCCCGCCGCCAGCUCCCCCAGCAGCACCGGCAGCGGCGGCUCCGCCGGACGCGGCUCCGGCUCCGGCCCCGGCGGCAGCGGCGGCUCCGGCUCCAGCUCGGGCUCCGGCGGCAGCGGCGGAGGCGCGGAGGCGAUGCGGCGGGCCUGCCUGCCCGCCCCUCCGAGCAAUAUAUUCGGCGGUCUGGACGAGAGCCUGCUGGCCCGCGCCGAAGCCCUGGCAGCGGUGGACAUCGUCUCCCCGAGCAAGAGCCACCACCACCACCCGCCGCACCACAGCCCCUUCAAGCCGGACGCCACGUACCACACCAUGAACACCAUCCCCUGCACCUCGGCCGCCUCCUCCUCCUCCGUGCCCAUCUCCCACCCGUCCGCCCUGUCGGGCACCCACCACCACCAUCACCACCACCACCACCACCACCACCAGCCGCACCAGGCGCUGGAGGGGGAACUCUUGGAGCACCUGACGCCGGGGCUGGCGCUGGGGGCCAUGGCGGCCCCCGACGGCGCCGUGGUCUCCACGCCGGGCCACGCUCCGCACAUGGCCGGCAUGAACCCCAUGCACCCGGCGGCGCUGGGCAUGGCCCACGCCCACGGGCUGCCGGCGCACAUGGGCUGCAUGAGCGACGUGGACGCCGACCCCCGCGACUUGGAGGCCUUCGCCGAGCGCUUCAAGCAGCGCCGCAUCAAGCUGGGGGUGACCCAGGCCGACGUGGGCUCGGCGCUGGCCAACCUGAAGAUCCCGGGGGUGGGCUCCCUCAGCCAGAGCACCAUCUGCCGCUUCGAGUCGCUCACCCUCUCUCACAACAACAUGAUCGCCCUCAAACCCAUCCUGCAGGCGUGGCUGGAGGAGGCCGAGAAGUCUCACCGCGAGAAGCUGGCCAAGCCCGAGCUCUUCAGCGGCGCGGAGAAGAAGCGCAAGCGGACCUCCAUCGCCGCCCCCGAGAAGCGCUCGCUGGAGGCCUAUUUCGCCCUGCAGCCCCGGCCCUCCUCCGAGAAGAUCGCCGCCAUCGCCGAGAAGCUGGACCUCAAGAAGAACGUGGUCCGCGUCUGGUUCUGCAACCAGCGCCAGAAGCAGAAGCGCAUGAAGUACUCGGCGGGCAUCUGA